AUGGCAUAUUGCAGAAGGAAGCGACUAGCAGCACUCGAAAAAGCACUACAUCCAUCACCGUUGGACAACUCGACGGCUGGUGAUAUUGAGUGUUCCCCAAACACAGAUCCGAUAUCGGAUCUUGAGAAGCAAGAUCAGAAACCUGGUAGCGUAGUUCAGGUGGUAGGAGGAGGAAGUGUUACUUCACUGAGGAGACAAGAUGAACUACACAAAGGGCCUCGUGAAGUAUUACUUUCGGAUAGCAGAAUGGAUCGAGACACAGUGGUCACUACAAGGAAGAGUAUAUCAUCGUCAGCAUCAUCGCCAAAGGCUCAGCCUCGUUUGAUAUGGUCUAAUCUGGCUUGUUCAUCAAUCAGAACGGAUAUUUAUAAGGGUGGUGAGCUGAAAGAGAUCAACGAAGUGCUCGAACCUUAUUUGCAACGAAUUGAAACGACUAUGCAAGAAGUAUCGGAGUUCUUGAGGACUUUAAGGCAACGUAUGGAUGAGGAAGAUGAAGAGGAAGAAGAGAAUUACGAUUGGCAUUUCGUGGCGAUGGUAGUGGAUCGAUUUUGCUUGUUUCUUUUUUCGGGAGCAAUUCUGUUUGCCUCAUCGUUCAUCUUAAUAAAUGCACCUCGGUUAUUUAGCGCAUGA